AACACACAACCGGCAGCAAAACAAAGUGCAAUGUUUUGGCAUAUUUUCUUGCUCGUUUCGGGAGUAAAGCUUCUAUUUAUUCCUGCGUAUCGGUCAACAGACUUUGAGGUACAUCGCAACUGGCUGGCCGUCACACACAGUUUACCCCUGUCCCGGUGGUACUACGAGAAAACGAGCGAAUGGACCCUGGACUACCCGCCCUUUUUCGCUUACUUUGAGUGGUUGCUUUCACAUGUUGCGAAAUCGUUCGAUCCGCGCAUGCUGGAGGUGAAAAAUCUUAACUAUGCCUCCGAGCAAACGAUCCUGUUCCAACGGUUCUCCGUCAUCGUAACAGAUGUAGUCUUCGCUCUCGGCGUCCGCCGAUGUCUGCGCGCACUUACCAGCGGGGAUGCAAAAGCAUCCCGGUCCGUCCUCAUUGGCGGUGCUCUACUUCUUGGAAAUGCCGGCCUUCUUAUGGUGGACCAUAUCCACUUUCAGUACAAUGGUUUUCUGUUCGGAGUGCUCCUGCUAAGCAUCGGUGCCCUGAUGGAAAACCGUCCGCUUCAGUCGGCGUUCCUGUUUGCGGCGUUGUUGAAUCUCAAGCACAUUUUCAUCUACAUCGCUCCGGUUUAUAUGGUUUAUUUGCUGCGGUUUUACUGCUUCCGCGAAUCGACCAUUGGACGGGCGGUAAUGAAACUAAUCAAGCUCGGUUCCGUCGUCGCGGGCGUUUGUUUGCUCUCGUUCGGUCCAUUCUACAAUCACAUUCCACAGGUCCUUUCCCGACUGUUCCCCUUCAAGCGAGGCCUCACGCAUGCUUACUGGGCACCUAACUUUUGGGCGCUUUACAACACCGCCGACAAGGCACUAACCAUUGCGCUAGGUCGCCCGGGCACGGCGACGAAUGCUUCCAGCACCAGCGGACUCGUGCAAACGUUCGAACAUUCCGUCCUUCCAUCGAUCUCCCCGCUGGUGACAUUUGUCCUCACGGGCGUCGCAAUGCUGCCAGUCGUUGUAAAGCUUUGGACACUGAAAUCAUCCUCCUCGCCAGCCCACCUUGGUCGUUGCUUCGUGCGUGCCAUCGUCCUCUGCGGAUGCACCUCCUUCCUGUUCGGUUGGCACGUGCACGAAAAAGCCAUCCUUAUGGUGCUCAUCCCGCUGACGCUUUUGGCCGUCGGCAACCAGCAGGACGCCCGGUGGACCAUAUUCCUUGGCAUUGUGGCACACUACUCACUAUUUCCGCUGCUCUUUAAACCCGAGCUAACGCUCGUGAAAAUAAGUCUUCAUAUUGCGUACACGGCCGUCAGCAUAGUGUUACUGAAAAUACUGCACCGUGGGACAUUCUUUCGGAUGCACGAAUUUCUCUACCUGGCCGGCUUCCCCAUUCUUUGCGUGUACGAAAAUGUGGUCCACGGUGCAAUCGGUCUUGAAGAACGGUUGCCCUUUUUACCGCUUCUACUGACCAGCGUAUAUUGUGCCGUUGGGGUGGCUUACUUUUGGCUUGCCUACCAAGUUACCUUCCUCAGAGCGAGCAACGGAAAUGUCACCGAGGGGAAGAAGAAAAAGUAACCAAUGUUGAUGCGACUACGACGAAAGGUUAAAGUUGUUUAAAAAUGUAUAAAUCAGUAAAAAAAAAAGCUGCAAUAAGCCAAAAUUAUAAGAAAAUAAAAUGCAACAUUG